AUGCUGGGUUCUCCAUCUGGUGCCAUUGCCAGGGGCACAAGACUUUUUUCCACCUGUCGAGCUCUUCAGCAUGACAAUCCUUUGGGACUUCCACGCUCUGGUACCCCGCCAACUUUCCGUUCGCGCCGAGGGCUGCCCGAAAAGCGCAAGAUUCGAGAUGUGAAGAAGGUUGUUGCGGUCUCCUCAGCAAAGGGAGGAGUUGGAAAGUCUACAAUAGCAGUCAACCUCGCGCUAUCAUUUGCACGCCGCGGUAUCAAGACUGGAAUUCUUGACACUGAUAUCUUCGGUCCUUCCAUCCCUACCCUUCUAAAUCUCUCCGGCGAACCUCGCCUCGACGAAAACAACUGCCUCGUCCCUCUAACAAACUAUGGCCUCAAAUCGAUCCAUGCACCAACUCCUCCACUCAGUAUCAUGGGGUCCACUGGACGUCCUAAUCCUCGACCUACCCCCGGAACCGGCGACGUGCAACUUACAAUCAACCAAGAAGUCAUCAUUGACGGGGCAGUGAUCGUCUCGACGCCGCAAGACAUUGCUCUCCGCGACGCCGUGCGCGGCAUCGGGAUGUUCCAACGAAUGGACGUACCCGUGCUCGGAAUGGUGCGCAACAUGGCAUAUUUCGCAUGUCCACAGUGCGGGACUCAGACUCGCAUAUUCUCGCGUGGCGAUAGUCACCACCACGCGCACGGUGAGAACCACGGUGUCGUGGCUGAGUGCAAGCGGCUCGGAGUGGAUUUCCUUGGUGACAUCCCUCUUGAUGCUCGAGUGUGCGAGGAUGCUGAUCGUGGGAUGCCGACUGUUGUUGCGGAGGAGAGUGUUGAGCGCAGCGCGAGGCGGGAUGCUUUCCUUGGUGUUGCUGAGCAGGUGGCUCGGAAGAUUGGUCUUGAUUGGCACUGA